AUGUCCACGCCAACCAACCCUCCCAACGGCCGGACACCAACGGGCCCCAAUGGAGCUCCCAUUAUGCGAAUGCGUCGUCCCAAAGCAGCUGAUCCAUUAGUGCGCCCAAAGAGGCGACCUAUCAGGCCAGCUGGAGCUCCUCCGGCUAGGGCUACAGCUAUGAAGACCCUCCCUUCGCGUCCUUCACCCUCUAUUGCCCCGUCGUUAACGCAAUCCGAGAGGAUUCUUCCACCGCCUGGUGUGAAAGAUGAGGCUGUGAAUGGGUUCAAUGGACCUUUACUUUCCCAGAACUACAGAGAUUUCCCGGUGGUGACAACUAAGCGAGCUCUACGAGAAGGAUUGAAGCAUCAUAUCGCUCGAUUUGCUGCUAAACGGAGCGUGGACCUGCGCGACGAAUCCCAGUUUACUCGGCCUGUCAGAUUGCAGCGCCGCGAUCCUCGCUCAAGAUCUGAUCAAAAUGCAGAAAGAAUGAUUGGUCCGGAUGGUCAACAGCUUGACGAGGCAGAACGAGAGGCGCUGGACGCGAGAAGAGCUGCACGCGAGAAGGAGCGUGCCGAGAAUCUGUCUCAGAUCGCACCUGCUGGCGGCGCAGCCGCUACAAAGCGACCGAAUGCCCCAAAGCAAAAAACCCAACAGGUCUACAAGUCGGAUUUGACUCGCGAUGAGAUUGCGAAAGCUCGGAUCAAGUACGAAGAAGCGCUUCCCUGGCACCUCGAGGAUUUUGACAAUCGCAAUACAUGGGUGGGUAACUACGAAGCGGCGCUAUCUGAGACACACGCAGUAUUUUGUCUUGACAAAGAGCAAAACAAAAUGCGCAUGAUUCCAGCUGAGAAGUGGUACAAAUUCAGCGCCAAGAGCCACUUUAAGGCGUUAACAAUUGAAGAGGCAGAAAAAUUCAUGUCCAAACGGGUCAAGGACCCGCGGUGGUUCAUGGAAAAACAGCAGGAGGUUGCCCAGCAGAUGCAGCUGGAGCAAUAUGCCAAGCAACGCCAGGUUCGGGCUGUACCAAAGGAAGAUAAAAAAACCGCCGGAUUGGAGAUCAGGGAGAUGGAUUUUGAGGAGGACCGAUUUGCUGAUGACGAAGAGCAUACCGAUCUAUUUAACGAACAGGAUGAGGACACCAAGGCUGCUGAAAAACGUAUCAAAGAUGAUCAGCUGAAGGCAAAUGUGUUCGAUCUCAAAGAUGAAAGAGACUAUGACAAAGAGGAGGAAAACGAGAAGCAUGAACGAGAUACCCGAAUUCAUGAGGGUAAGCGCAUACUGAAGAUGCUCAAGAGACGGGAGAAGAAUUUUGAGUACAGCAGUGGCUCUGACGUGAAUCCGUAUACUGAUGAAAGUUCCGAUGACAGCGAAGCUGAGCGCCUCAAGGAAGAAGAGGGUAAGACUCAGGAAGAGAAAGAGAAAGCGCAGAAAGAAUCUGCCUCUUCUUCCACUAAAGGUAGCAACACGCCUUCGGGCCGCCCGAAGCAUAUUGAUGCUCUCAAGAACCCAUCUCGAAAACGACUGGGGUCGCCAAAUGCUUCGGAUGCUAGUGGUACCGACACUUCUCGAAAGAAGAUUAAGAACAAGCAUUCGUCUUCGCACCCGACACCACAGCCUUCGUCGCGCCCCAUGUCGCCCUCUUCCAUGCAGGCUGGCAAAAAGAGGAUUCGAAAUCUCCCACUUGGUGCUUCCGGGUCUGGCAGCGAUGUUGAUGUUGGUGCGGGAUCUGGAGCUGAGAUGGCCGAAAAUGGAAAAUCCAAGAAGCUCAAGUUGAACCCACCUACUGGUCCCUCUCGAGGAGGAACACCGCAGGGAUCUCGGGCUGCAAGCCCUGUUGCUGGCAACAGAAACUUCCCUGGCAGCCGAGCGAGUAGUCCCGAUGGCCAUGGUCGCAUGUCAACUCCAGUGCCAUCUGGAAACCAGACAUUCCCGUCUCCUUCAGAGAUCUAUGCAGCCAUUCCAGCUAGUGGUAUUCUCAGCAGUGACCUUCUGCGCAUAUUUCGCCCGCGUAUUGGAGGAUCAAAGGAAAACCACCGGCGCUUUAUUGUCAUCGUCAAGGAUAUUAGUGUCUACAGCAAGGAAGACCGAAUGCUGCGACCCGGUGUUCUGAAAGAGACUUGA